AUGUACUCCGCACAACCAAACGGCGCUGACAGUGCAACGAUCAAUCCUGCUGCGCUUGCAUCCGACAAGCGCAGCGCGGCACCAGCAGCAAGAGGCUGCUACAGGCAUUCAUCGCGCUACGGCAUCGGAAUGCACCAGCAGCCGCGCACAUUCCUGGUCGCGUCGGCAGUGCACAGCUCCGACGUGUUGCGCCCGUGCAAUCACGACGCUGUCACCCUCUUGCCACUGACCAUGAUUCCUUCCCGUCGCGUCCUGCCUACGUCAAAUGCUUCUGCUGCCGGGGGAGGAAAUCUCGCGAACGCCUCGCGGGGAAUCAAGAGGAGCCGGUCUCCAGAAGCGUAUCAGGACGUCAGCCAACAGGGGACGCCUGGAGAUGAUGGUGACAAGCCUAGGAAACGCGGCCGACCGAUGAAACCAUCCGCAAAGACUCUUGGAGGCGUCACGGAAACCCCGAUUCAACCGCCAACCCUGCCCGCCAUGUCUUCGCAGACAAACGCACCUCCGCAGCCACACUCGGCGGCACAACACCCACAACACGCCCAGCCACGCCGCGCCUACGCGCCGUCCCUCGCCACCCCCGCUGCAUUGCCGGUGGCUCCCACAUCUGUUGCAGCUCCUCCGCCAACCCCUCCGACCCAGUCCUCUCCUCCCGUCAAGACCCCGGCGAAGCCUACCCUUAAGGCACUCCCGACCGUGCGCGACCAUACCACAGACCAGCUAGGCCCCGGCAACGAUGAAUACCUGCCGCGCGAGACCGACGAAGCCGGCGAGAAGAAGGUCAUGCAGAAUGGUCAGCUCCUCGGCGGCCGUGAAUACCGCUGCCGGACAUUCCUAGUCCCCCAGCGCGGCGACAAACUCUUCAUGCUGGCCACCGAAUGCGCUCGGGUUCUCGGCUACCGCGACUCGUACCUGCUGUUCAACAAGAACCGCUCGCUGUACAAGAUCAUUGCCAACCAAGUCGAGAAGGAUGAUCUCGUCGGCCAGGAGAUCCUACCCUUCUCCUACCGAUCUCGCCAAAUCGCCAUCGUCACCGCCCGCAGCAUGUUCCGCCAGUUUGGCAGCCGUGUCAUCGUCGGUGGCCGUCGCGUCCGUGAUGAUUACUGGGAGACUAAGGCUCGUAAGCAGGGCUUCACGGAGGCAGACAUGGCCGGCGAGAAACGUCCCGGUGGAACCAAGGCUCGUGAGGCCGCCGCCGAGGCUGCCGCUGCCCAGAAUGCUUCCAUUGUCGGCCCGGCUCACGGUGAGAUUGUCUACGCCAAUGCUCCGCAGUUCAACGCUGCUCCGCCGUCGCAGCUGGUCCAGCCAGAGUACAACGACACGAGAAGCCGCGACUAUUCAAGCAUCCUGAAGACGGCUCCCCGCCAAGAGAUUACCGGCCCUGCGUACCAAGACCGCUCCCAGCCUGCACCCCUUGGCGAGAUUCAUGCCCAGGCACACCAUGCGGCGGAGUUCAACAGGAGCGUGAACCAACAGCGCGACAUUCGGUCGGACUACAUGCAGAACGUGUGGCGCCGCCCGCAUGAGCAGCCGCCUCCGCCGCCAAGCUUGACCCAGCAGCAAAUUGUCACGAGCGAGCCACCGCUUCAGUCCGGCCGCGGGGGCACGUCCCAUGCGAAUGCGACUGCCUCGGCCAGCGGCAUGCAGCAGCCGACUUUGGUUUCGCACCAGAGCCCUCAGAUGAUGAUGACGGCACCGCCGUACUCGCAGUCGAUCCCAACAAGCUCGUUGCCAUCGUCCAUACAGAGAUCUUCAGGCAGCAUGUCCCAGCAGGGCUACAGCUAUCCGCCGUCAUCACAGAUGUGGCCGCCUACACCGCAGACGCCGCAGUCGUCGCAGUAUAACUACAGCCAUCAUACGCCUGUGCAGCCAUCGCACCCGCAACAGCCGCCGCCACAGCUGCGGCACCCAAGCAGCGGUGCUCCCGUUCAGCAAGGCAGCCUGCCGUACUCUGGAAUGCCCGGCAUGAGUCCCGGCUAUCCGUCUCAGAAUCAGCCUAUGCCGUAUGACCAGACGCCUAGGCAAUACAUGCAUCAGCCGGGCUCUGGCUCGCCAGCCGUUACUCAAGGCUGGUCAGGACAACCCCAGCAGUGGUGGAACAAUCAGCAGCAGUAG